AAUAAUCAACCUUUUCUGAAUUCCUUUGGCAACAAAUAGACACUACACCAUCCAUCUUCUUCACCAACAAGAAGCACUAGACUUGCCAUGGAACUUACAAGAUUAAUGACUCUUCUUUCAAUCCCUGUUCUCAUAUUUUACUGUUCUUGUACUAUAGUAUUUUGCACAGCCAUAAACACAAUUACAUCAACUCAACCCAUCAAUGACCCUGAAGCUAUAGUCUCCAAUGGUGCCACCUUCAAGCUGGGAUUUUUUAGUCCUGUUAAUUCUACUAACCGGUAUGUUGGUAUCUGGUACAACCAGAUCUCUGUGAAGGCUGUGGUAUGGGUCGCCAAUAGAGAUAAACCUCUUAAUGACUCUUCCGGGAUUCUGACAAUAUCCAAGGAUGGCAACCUUGUGGUCUUGGAUAGACACAAACAGAUUGUUUGGUCAUCAGAUGUUCCAAAUCCUCCGGUGAAUUCAAGUGCCCAGCUUUCAAAUUCUGGGAAUCUUGUCUUGCGAGAUGACUCCAAUGGAAACAAAAUAUGGGAGAGUUUUGAACACCCUUCUGAUUCUUUCUUGCAGGGGAUGAAACUUAGUACCAACAAGUUCACAGAUGAGAAGAUUCGGCUGACCGCAUGGAAAAGCCCUUCAGAUCCAUCCAGUGGAAGGUUCACUUUUGGCAUCAAUCCUCUGAAUAUUCCAGAAAUUUAUGUAUGGAAUGGUAGUCAUCCAUACUGGCGCAGUGGCCCAUGGAGUGGGCAGAUUUUUAUUGGCAUACCUCAAAUGGUUUCUGUAUACAAUCGCAGAAUUCAAAUUCUAGAUGACAAAGAACGAAAUGUAUCUAUGACUUACACUUACGCAAAUGAGCCUUCUCUGUCAACCCUAUACCUUACCUUAAGUUCUGAUGGAAAUAUAAUGGACACGUACCGGGAAGAAGGAAAGGAGACUUGGAAAAUUCCGUGGUCAGCUCCUGCUACUGAAUGUGAAGUUUAUGGCAAGUGUGGUCCAUUUGGAAGCUGCAAUGUGCAUGGUGCCCCAAUUUGCACCUGUUUACAAGGAUUUAAUCCAAAUGACAUUGAGGAAUGGAGUAGAGGAAAUUGGACCGGUGGAUGUGUGAGGAGGAGUCAAUUGCAGUGCGAGAAAAACAACAGUACUGGUGGUGAAAAGGGCAAAGAAGAUGCGUUUCUGAAGCUAAAGACGGUGAAAGUGCCCGCCUUUGCCGAGUUGUCAACUACAUAUUCAGAAGACAAGUGCAAAAGUGAGUGCUUGAAUAAUUGCUCUUGUAUAGCUUAUGCAUAUUACAGUGGCCUUGGUUGUAUGGAGUGGAGUGGAGACUUAAUUGACAUACAGAAAUUUUCCUAUGCCGGAGCAGAUCUUAACAUUCGUGUUGCAUAUUCAGAACUUGGAAAAAAGAGAAGCACAAAACUAGUUGUCAAAAUUGCAGUGCCCAUAGGGUUAUUAACCAUUGCUAUCUGUAUUUAUCUUUCCUGGAGGUGGAUGGCUAGACAAAGAGGAAGGAAGAACAAGAGGGAGAAGAUGUUAUUUGAAAGAAGGGGAGUGAAUCCAGAUCAUUCGAAUGAAAAAAAUCUUAACCAAAUUAAACUUGAAGACAUACCUCUAUUCAGUUUUGAGGAACUGGCAAUUGCAACAGACAAUUUUCACGUGGCCAAUAAGCUCGGGCAAGGUGGUUUUGGUCCAGUGUACAAGGGAAAAUUGUUGAGCGGACAAGAUAUAGCUGUCAAACGACUUUCAAGUUCCUCUGGACAAGGGCUGGAGGAGUUUAUGAAUGAGGUUAGGGUAAUUUCCAAACUCCAGCAUCGCAAUCUUGUUAGGCUUCUUGGCUGCUGUGUGGAAGGAGAAGAAAAGAUGUUGAUCUAUGAAUACAUGCCAAAUAAAAGCUUGGAUGCAGUUCUCUUUGAUCCAAUCAAGAAAAAAGUUCUGGAUUGGAGAAAACGUGCCAACAUUAUUGAAGGGAUUGGUCGAGGACUACUUUACCUUCACAGGGAUUCCAGAUUGAAGAUUAUUCAUAGAGAUCUAAAAACGAGUAACGUUCUAUUAGAUGAAAAUUUAAAUCCAAAAAUUUCAGAUUUUGGCAUGGCAAAGAUUUUUGGAGGCAACCAAGACCAAGCCAACACUGGAAGGGUUGUUGGAACUUUUGGUUAUAUGGCCCCUGAAUAUGCAAUGGAAGGGAGAUUCUCCGAAAAAUCUGAUGUCUUUAGCUUUGGAGUACUAUUAUUAGAGAUUUUAAGUGGGCGAAAAAAUACUAGUUUUUAUCAUGACGAAGAGUCUUUGAGCCUUCUAAGAUUUGCAUGGAAAUUAUGGAAAGAAGAUAUGAUUGUAAAGCUUAUAGAUCCAACAACUUCUGAUCCAUACUUCCAAGUGGAGAUGUUGAGAUACAUACAUAUAGGACUACUGUGUGUGCAAGAAUUCGCUGCUAAUAGGCCAACUAUUUCUACUAUUGUUUUGAUGCUUAGUAGGGAAAUUGCAAAUCUUCCAACUCCAAAGCAACCUGCAUUUAGUGAAAUAAAAGGUGUCUCAAGUAUGCAGAAUUCUCAACAGAGCCAAAGGAGUUGUUCUUCAAACAAUGUAACUGUUACAACAAUUGUUGGCCGUUAGCUUGCAAAUUCUUAUGAUUUCUUUUCUCUUUUACAAUUAUCCCUCAAGUGCACUUCAAUUGUAUAUUUGAAACCUGUGGAACUUGUAGAGCACUUUUUUUCAAUUGUAAUUUUGCUCAAAACCCAUGGAAAUGGUUUGUGGAUCUUUUUAAUUGGGAUUGGAAUUCUAUGGGAAAAUUUUAUCAAA